AUGGGUGGAGGAACAUCUAUUUGGGCUUCUCCUGAAUGGAAAAAUGACCCUCGCUCGAUCUUCAAUGGCCGUCUGGCUUAUCUUGCGACGACCAUUGCUUUCGCAGGCUGCUCCUACGGUUUCGAUCAAGGGAAUAUCGGUGGCGUUCUCACAUUACCGACAUUUAAGCGCGCUUUCGGUCUCGACAAGAUGAGUGAGGAUGAUGCAGACCGACGAGCUGGCAACAUUGCUGCAUUGAUGGCUGCUGGAGGAGCCGCAGGAGCCCUUAUCAGCGCUCCAUUUGCCGAUUUCUUGGGCCGGAAAUGGUCAAUGAUGCUGUACGCCUUCAUAUACCUCCUUGGCUGCACGUUCCAGGAAUUCGCAAACCUUAACAUCUUCUACGCCGGACGUUUUCUUGCUGGAAUGGCUAUCGGCAGCAUGUCUGCGGGGGCCCCUCAGUUCCUCUCAGAGAACUCACCAAAGUCGAUUCGUGGAUCUAUGACCUGCCUUUAUAAUCUCAUGAUCAUUACUGCCUUGUCUUUGGCAUUCUGGGUCAACUACGGCGUGUCGAAGUGGAGGAACGUCGCUGUGACUGACAACCUGCAAUGGAAACUAUCGCUAGGCAUCCAGAUCAUUCCAGGGGCCUUGAUGUUCCUCAUGUUGCCUUUUGUAGUAGAGACGCCACGCGCAUUGAUUGCCAAAGGAAAUCGAGAGAAGGGAUUAGCGAAUUUGAUGAAGUUGCGCAAACUACCCGAGACGCAUCCAUAUCUCCAACAAGAAUACAUGGAAGUCUGUGCGCAGGUCGACCAGGAACAAGAAACUGCCGUCGGUCGCAACUACUGGCUCGUUAUCAAGGACAUCAUCUACGUCCGCUCGAAUACCCGCCGUUUCUUCCUCGCUACCAUGCUCUUCCUGUUCCACAAGUUCACGGGGACAGACAGCCUGAACUAUUUCGCCCCUGAAAUUUUCACCAUGAUCGGAGUCAAGGGCGGAUCGCAAGCCUUGCUCACGACUGGCGUGUACGGUGUGGUUAAGCUCGCGACAACCAUUAUCUACGUCGGGUUCAUCGUCGAUCGUGUGGGACGCCGGGUUCCAUUGCUGAUCGGUGCUACCCUCCAAGCCACCUCGAUGCUCUACAUUGCGCUUUAUGUUCGCUUCGGCAAUCCAAAUCAAGGAGGCGGAACUGAGGCUGGUGGAAUCGUUGGUAUUAUCUGGAUUUACAUCUACGCCUUUGGCUGGUCGUUUGGACACAGUGUGGCAUGCUAUGUCGUGGCUGCAGAGAUCUUUCCAUCACGUAUCCGAUCCUUCUGUAUGGGCUGGUGUUUCUUCGUCAACUGGAUCGUGGAUUUUGGCAUCACCAAGGCCACUCCAUCUAUGAUGACACACUUAGGCUGGGGUACAUUCUUACUCUAUGCUGUCCUGACGUACAUCGGCGUCGUCUUCGUCUACUUCUGCAUGCCGGAGAUGAAAGGGCGAUCGAUCGAGUCGAUGGAUGAUCUCUUCCAGCACUCUAUCUGGACCAUGUACAAGCGUGCAUAUCCAACGGAAGAGGAGAAGGUUCGACACGAUGUUGGAGAUCUUGUCCAUAUGGAUAACAAAGUUGCAAAUGACGAGAAAAUGGGUGGAAAUGUGCAGGUUGAACGGGUUUGAGUGUUCUGAUGUGCACUGAGGAGUGAGAAACGACACUACAAGGAUUUAAUUCAUGAUAUGGACUGGAAUUGGGGAAUAUGUUGGCUCAAGGAAUGUGCUGAUCCGUGGCUGCCGUGGUGAUACCUAGAUACUGCUAGUUGAGACUAAUUUGAUGUUAAUCACGACAUGUUUUCGUGAAGGCGUAUGAUCCGCGAACGGGUUGAGGGACUCUUGAGAACGAACUUUGACGUCUAGA